UGUGAGCCUGUUCUUCCAGCAGAUGGCGCUGUUUUAUUUAACCCUCCCACUUUGCCAAAGGUUGGCUGGCUUUAUAUUUGAUGGCAGAUGACUCAAGAGGCAGAACUUAGGAAAGAAAAGUGCGCUAAAUAUAGAACAACAGGCUUCAAUCUAACGCCAUUUCUGUAGCCAUCAGUGUUCGUAGGAUGGAUCCUCAUGACCAAAGAUACACCACAGACCUGGUGGACCCCAGCGGAAACCACAUGAAUCAGACCCCUUCAGGUGCGACUGGAAGCGCUGACGGAAAAACACCUGACGGCAGAAACCAACAAGCGGCAGACAGACAGCCGCGAUGUGCAGGUGGAUACACUAUGAUCCCACCAAAUGAAUCUCGCCGAAGCCAGAUAAAAACGAUGGCUCAGAAAGAAGAGGAGGAACUUAAGAGGUGGAGAGAGACACACCGACCUCCCGCUGUGCACCUGAAUCCAGAGAGGCUGGGGGGUAACGUGACAUUAGCUGAAGCCAGACAGAAGCAGUUUGUGGAUUCACGCAGCACCAAGCUGCAAAAGAAGCUGAAAAAGGAGGAGAUGGACAAGAAGAAGAGGCAAGAAGAGGAGGAGGAGCUGCAGAGCAUGAAGGCCAGACAGAGAGAGAAGUCUGAACGUCUACAGGAGAAGAGGCAGCAGGAGGAUCAGAAGAGGUCGGCGCAGUUUCAACAGGAUCGUAACAGGAAGACUGAGAGUUUCCUGCAGAGCAUUGAGACGAGAGCCGCAGGUCCAUCCAGCAGUGCUGCACACACAUCCUCCAGGAGCGAAGAUGUGGAGAAACUGUCAAAAAGUUUGAAAGAUGUGCAGCUGGAACACAAGAGGGUGAACGCAGCCUUUCUGGACCGACUCCAGGGCCAAAACAGAGGAAACGAGGAGACAAAAAAGGAAAGCAUUCAGGAAGACGAGCGUCCUCGUUUGGUCUCUGAUGACUUCAGUAGUUGGACAAAAGCUGGACAAGUGUCCCUGACUCACCUGCAAGCAGGUCCAGAGCAAAGCUGCUCCGCCUGCACAGAGGAAACUGACCCGGAUCCUGACUACGACUGGGCCUUGAUGAAACUGAUGAACAGCUUUCCAGACUGCUCCAAAACCUUCCUGGAGGAAAUCCUUUACCAGUGCAAUGGGGAAUACGAGCAGGCCUACACACUGCUCAUCACCACGUUUAGUUGAUAUAUAUAUAUAAAGUAUACAGCAUAGUAACCAAAAAAUAAUGACAACUCCUAAUUUUACUCCUUUAUUUUAGUGCAAAGAAGUACAAUAUCAAGAUGUUCAUAUUUAAUAAAUGUUCCUUUUAAAAAAUAUAGUGUGAACAACAUGAAAUUUCUUGAUAAAAAAUCACUUGUCCUCCUGCCUUGGAAAUGUUUUAUAUCUAAAAAAUAAAAAGGCAACCUUAUGUGGAUAAAUGAGGAAUUGCUCUUAUUUUAAAAAAAACUCCAGUUAAUGUCUUUUAUGUCAUUUUCCCACUUACCAAACUCAUCCUGCAGGCCAGAUUGGACCUGCUAACAGCCCUUUUUUGGCUCCAGAGCCAUAUGUUUCACACCCCUGCUCUAGAUGAUAAACCAAAUGAAAAGGUAUGAUCACUGCUCAGGUGUUAAAGGAUGCAUAGAAGCAGGUUAUUUACAGCAGUUUGCUGGACAAAAGUAAAAACUCUGCUGACUCCCAUGUACAACAGCAUUAAAUCGAUACCUACAGAGCAAUCUGUGUUUCUUGUGAUCUGUUUUUCAUUAUGCUGUUAAUCACGGAGUGUUUGGUGUCUUUUAUCUGUCUGGAUGAGUCACACUGUUUUUUUUUUUUGCUCUGACAUGAAGUUGAAUUGAUGCUCGUUUUCUCGAUAUUUGGUUGACGGUCAUCGCUUCAUGACUCAUACACUUCAGAUCGUGUCUGGUGCUUUUAAUUAAAUCAGUGUGUGUUUAUGAGGGGGGAAAGCUGCUCCAAAAUUUAAGAUGUUUUUUAUUUAUUUUAGAAUCAAAGUCACAAAUGAUGCAAGAGAGCAAAAAAGAUGGAGAUUUGAAUUUAGCUACACUUUUAUUUGUUAUUUGUCGUGUAUGUUUCAGAGCUUCAUUAAUAAUUUUUGGUUUCCAGUGGGGCAGUUGGUUUGGAGCUGCUGUUAGGGCUGUAAAUGUCAGUUCCAGCACUGCCAAGCUGGACAGCAGAGAUGGUUAUCACCUGACCGAGAAACCGAGAACAAUGGGUGGUGCUGUCCACAAGAGGGGCUAAAAAUCCCCUUCUAAUUCAGCAUGAAGUCAUGUUUACUGCUGUCCUCUAACAAAUGUUUUCCUCCAGAGAUCAACAAGAGACACAACAGUUCAGCACUUAAAAAGUCUAGAAAACUAACAAAGUUAGAUGUUAGUGAUGCAAUGUUUCAGAAUUUUAGGUUUAAGAAAAUAUUAAUAUCCAUAAAUUCCACCAUUUAAACCAAUGCAAAUAACAUCAUUGAUUUAAUUGAGACUAUUAAAUGAAAAGUGAAGUCGCAUCUUUGGAUGGAAAUCUUGUAACUGAUUCAUGUGAAGCUGUCUUGCAAAAUAAUUAGCAAACUUGAGUAAUCUUGUCAAAAAGACAUAAGAAGCUUCACAUCAAACUACAUUUAUAUGCACAGCAAUAUUUCAAAUGUCAAAUAUUUUUCAGUUAUUCAUUUAACUCAAGCAAUUUUAUGAUUGUUGAAGGAAAUUUGAACGACAUCAAAGUAUAUUACUAUAUACUGUUAGCAUGAUAUGCUAUGUCAUAUCAUUCUAUAUUAAACUGCCCGAACCACCCUCUCCAGAAUGAGUUUAUUUUAUUACCUCUUUUGGGAGGACAAAGAGACUUAAAGUGUUGUUUGUCCCUUCUGCUGUUCAUCUAUUUAACAGAAAUGGCCUAAGGUGACAGAGUUGUUCUCUCCAUUUGUUUUGAGCUGUGAUUUUAUUUAACCUAUUUUAAGCUCAUUUAUUGUUUUGGAUUGUGUGAAUCUCUUUUUGACAUAUACCACUGGUUCUGAUUUUGGUUUUUGAUGUUUUUGAUGUGAUGCCUGUCCUAUGUGUGUGUUCUGGCUGCAAAAUGAAUUUCCCCCUGGAGACAAUAAAGGAUUUGAAUUUGAAUUUACAUGUACAUGUACAUACAUGUAAAACACUAGAGAAAAUAAUCCCCAACAUUAUCCACAUUGUGGUAUGUCACUGAAAUGUAUGAAUACAUUAAAAUAAUGAUCUUUU